CACAAAAGCCCAUAUCAGCCACAUAACACAAAUUAUUCCCCCAAAGCUCUCUCUCUCUCUCUCUCUCUCCGGCGAUGCCUUCCUUAUCCACGCCGCCGUCACAAAACCUCGCCUUCUCGGCUACCGCCACGUCAUCCCGGCUCACUCCCACCAAAAGACCGUUUUACCCCCAGCGUCUCUCCGAUCAUGCCGCCCUCUGCCGCUGCUCCUCCUCCUCCUCCGGCGGAAAUCCAUCCUCUGCUUCCUCCGACGAUAACCCUAGAUGGGACUCCGCGAUUCAGGAUGUCCUCAAGAACGCCAUCAAACGCUUUGAUUCGGUCUUGAGCUGGUACAGGUCUCAGGAUAAGGAUGCUGGAGACGACGUCGAGCAAGUAUCCGGGGAUAUCAAGAUAGAGGACGAUGAUUGGGAUUGGGAGCGAUGGAAGAAGCAUUUCGAUCAAAUUGAUGACCAAGACCGUCUCCUCUCCGUCCUUAAGUCGCAAUUGAGCCGAGCCAUUAAACGAGAAGAUUAUGAUGAUGCUGCGAGGCUGAAGGUGGCGAUUGCAGCUGCAGCUACAAACGAUGCUGUUGGCAGAGUGAUGUCCAGAUUUAAUAAAGCUGUUCUUGAAGAGCGUUACAAGGAUGCUGUAUACUUGCGAGACAAAGCUGGUGCUGGGUUGGUAGGGUGGUGGUCGGGUAUUUCGGAAGAUGUCAAAGAUCCUUUUGGUCUUAUUGUUCAAAUUACCGCAGAGCAUGGACGAUAUGUGGCAAGAAGUUAUAAUCCUCGGCAGCUUAGCACAUCCGCUGCGGGUGCUCCUCUUUUUGAAAUCUUUCUGACACUCGAUGGAAAAGGGAACUACAAAAAACAGGCUGUGUACUUGAAAUGGAAAGAGAUUUUUCCGGACGUUCCAACUAUGCCUACCAGAACUUUGAAUUCUCCCAGGGUUUUGACUUCACCGGGUAGAAAGGAAGAUGCAGGCAAUCUUGCUGUCGAGAGUAGUGAAGAUGAAGAUAGUGAUAAUUCAGACGACGAUUCUGAUCUCCUUGAGGAAUCUUCUGGUUUCCAGAGUUUUCUGCGAGAUAUGAUUCCUGGGGUCAAAGUCAAGGUUAUGAAAGUAACUACGCCUGGAAAGGUGGACAAGGAUUUCAUCUCAAAAGUUAUUGAACAGAUUGCUGAUGAAGAAGAUGAAGAGAACGAUUUUGAUAUAGAAGAUAUAGAAGUGGAAGAUGAAACUAAGGCUGAAAUCGAUGAAAAAAGUUCUGACAUCGAAUUGGAAUCAGUGUCGGAUGAAAUCAUUGACAACAACGGAGGGAGAGAAAUCGCAGUUAAGUUUGUGAUAAGCGAUAUCGUUGAUCGGCUCUCUGGAAAUCAACCUCUGAAAGAGUCACUUCGAUCUCCUGCCAAUCUGGAAUCUGUGGAGAGGUCUUCAUUUUAUCUUCGGUUAGAGAAAGAUUUAAACGUACAAGAGUCCAAGGGUGUGGAAGGUACAUUAAUUGAUGGAAAAGGUAACCGCCAAAGCAGACGCAGGAUUGAUAACAUUAUGGUUGAUUUGGCCAAAUCCAUUGAGAAAGAGAAGAAGAUCUCUCUCAAGAUGCUUAAGGAUGUUGGGGAGCUAUUAAGCCUCACUCUCAGUCAGGCUCAAAACCGUCAACAGUUGUCGGGUUUGACGAAAUUCCGUCGCAUUGAUGUGACACCUUCGCUAGAUCCUCUAGAUGGACUAUAUAUUGGCGCACAUGGGCUGUAUACAUCAGAAGUAAUUCAUUUGAAACGCAAAUUUGGCCAGUGGAAAGGUGGGAAGGAGUCAAAGAAGUCAACAGAUAUUGAAUUUUAUGAAUAUGUCGAAGCUGUGAAAUUAACUGGAGAUCCUUAUGUGCCUGCUGGGAAGGUGGCAUUUCGCGCAAAGAUUGGUAGACGUUAUGAGCUUCCACAUAGAGGACUCAUCCCCGAAGAAUUUGGAGUGAUUGCUAGAUACAAAGGUCAAGGGAGGCUUGCUGAUCCUGGAUUUCGUAAUCCAAGAUGGGUAGAUGGGGAGCUUGUUAUCCUGGAUGGCAAGUAUGUCAAAGGAGGACCCGUGGUUGGAUUUGUCUACUGGGCACCUGAAUAUCACUUUGUGAUGUUCUUCAACCGCCUGAGGCUUCAAUCGUAGUUUUAUAUUUUGUCUUCUCCCUCUACAAUCGAGGAAGGGUUUUCUUCUGGCUAUAACCAUUGUAAGUGUACUCCUCGAUACAGAGCAGAUAUGAAGUCGAUCCUCAGAAAGGUUACAGUAUUGCAGAUUCAUGGGAUGGGUUAUGCCUAAGAUUGCAAGUUCGUGGUUCACUCUUAUAUAUCUGGACCAGUAAUGAGCUCAUCGCUGGCUCUUUUCUUCUGGAGCUUGACUUAAAGUACCUAAAUUGCGGCUAGAUUUUAACGCAUGGCCAGACAGCCAGAGUAAUUGAUCAUUAGUCGGAUUCUGAGACUUUUGUCAGAAAGGAAACUGGAUUGUAAGGUUGGAGAUGUCUGUAGCUAUUUGUAAAAAAUAAUAAUGUAUGCUUCUCAGCGAUAUAAACUUGGUAAGAGUUGUUAUUAUAUA